AUGCCAACAAUGAAAGGGAUCCCAUCCCGUCUUAAAUUAUUGUCGUACUUUGGCUUAAGUUGUGCAGCUUUGGGAAUCCUUUGCAUAAUGAUGCCAAUACUAACAACUCCAUUAGUUCCACAAAUGGCACUCUGGCGUGGUUUAUUAAAAUAUAAUGAUCAUAUUCAUGUAGAUGUCUUGGCAGGUUUUUGGGGAGUUUGUACUUAUGAACAUAUCACGAGUUAUGAUUCAGAUUAUAAAAGUCCAAUUGAUGUAAAAACAAAAUGUACUUCAAGUAAACCAGCUUAUUCAUUUCAUUUAUCUGAUACAAUACCUGAUGCUAAAGGUGAUCUAAAUGUGACUCAAACUCUUUUUUUCUUUUGGUAUCCACUUGCUGCGAUGUUAACAGCUGUUUCAAUUUGUUUAUCACUCUCAUCGAAUUUUGAGAUUUGGAGAUACGCUUCAAUCUGUGCAUUAACAUCAGGUUUAAUGAGUUUAGGAGCCUUUGCAGCAACGAUGGUAAUCUUUUUACAAUUAACAUCAGAAUUAAUGAAAAGUCAAACUUCAAGAUUAUUACCAAUCAAAGGAGAAAUUUUAAUUGAAACUUAUUUACCUUUAAUUGGAUCGAUUUUAAUCAUAAUCUCAUCUAUAUUUUUCUUUAAUAAAUUUUUAGAAGGUUUACGUGAUUAUAGAAGAUCAGAUCAAGAUGAAUUUCUUUCAGGUCAUAAUCGUACUUAUUGGUCACAAUUCUUAAGACGUAAAUCUGGUAGUCAUAAAGGAAAAGAAGAGAUUGAAGAUAAAGGUAAAGAAGAAAUUAAAGAUAAAGGAAAAGGAAAAGUUGAAGAAGAAGUUCAAUCUGAAUCAGGUCAAAGUAAUUUACCACCACCACCUCCUCUGCAAGAUGAUCCAACACCAAAAAAGAAAAAGAGAAAGAGUGUUUCAAAAGCAUCUUGA